UCAGGGACUAGCAAGCCAGAGAGCCAGGCUCGCAGUUUACUGAGGGAGACUCGCUGAGGGACAGAAAGACGAGGGAUAGAAAUACACAAACCUCUCCUGACUGCAGCAGACUCCCUCUCUCCCUUGCCUCUUAAAUGUUCGCCUGUUCCAGCUCUCCACGCUGCCUCUUUCCUCACUGUAAUCAGCUGUCAGCUAGACUUGAUGUUGUAAAAUCCAUGUGAGGAGGAAAGACAGAUGCAAUGAUUUGAAAGAUCUUCAUCAGUUUUUGCCUUCUUGAAGAAUGCAGUGAAACCGUUUGCCAGCAUUAUUAUCUGGAAUUAUAGGUUUAAUAUCCAACAUCAGUGUUACUAAUUUCUUAUUAAAUAGUACCUCACAGUAGUAGAAAAAUGUAUGGAAGUGCAAGAACAAUCAGUAAUUUGGAAGGCAGUCCUUCCAGGUCUCCUCGUUUGCCAAGAUCUCCUCGUCUGGGCCACAGGAGAACAAGCAGCGGGGGAGGUGGAGGAACGGGUAAGACACUAUCAAUGGAGAACAUCCAGUCCCUUAAUGCAGCCUAUGCAACAUCUGGACCGAUGUAUCUUAGUGACCAUGAAGGUGUAGCAUCUACUACUUUCCCAAAGGGCACAAUGACUCUUGGAAGGGCUACAAAUCGAGCUGUGUAUGGUGGUCGAGUCACAGCCAUGGGAAGUAGUCCAAAUAUUGCUUCAGCUGGACUUUCUCACACAGAUGUCCUUUCUUAUACUGAUCAGCAUGGAGGUCUGACCACAUCUUCACAUCAUCAUCAUCAUCAAGUUCCCUCUAUGCUGAGACAGGUAAGGGAUAGUACCAUGCUAGAUCUACAGGCUCAGCUCAAGGAACUACAAAGAGAGAAUGAUCUUCUGAGAAAAGAACUGGAUAUCAAGGACAGUAAGCUGGGAUCUUCCAUGAAUAGCAUCAAGACUUUCUGGAGUCCUGAGCUAAAAAAGGAAAGAGUCUUGAGAAAAGAAGAAGCUGCCAGAAUGUCAGUUCUUAAAGAGCAGAUGAGGGUUUCUCAUGAAGAGAACCAGGAAAAAAACUUAAUGGAGGUAGUAAUUCUCCAUGAGCUGGAUUGGUUUAAUCCUAACCCUGAAUGUCAGUCUCCAUCUCACAGGAUGGGGAGCUCAUCUGGAGUCACAGGACUCAAGCAAACUGUACAUAGUCCAAAAGAGAACUCCACAUAA